CGAGCUCCAGCUGUGGGGCCUCCUUGUCGGGCGCCUUCCCGGACCGCCCGGCGCCACUCCCUGCGGGUUCGCCCGCUUCUACCCCCUGAGCAGCGCCGCGGUGGCGCAGGAGUUUGUGGCUCGGCUACGGUCCGUGCUGGGCGGCCAGGAGGUGUCCCCCGCCACGUUGCAGCACUUCUUCAUCCUGCACAGGCGAAGAAACCCCACACAGGCGCUGGAGCGCGUCGGCGAGGUCCUGGAGGAGCUGACGGCGCGGGAGGACGAGCGGCGACAGCACGAGCGGGACCAGGCGAGGCUGAAGGCGGAGAAGCCCGCCGCGGCCGCCGCUGCGACCCACGGGCCGCCGCCGUGAGCGGCGGGCGCUCCGCUCGCCUCCUCCGCUCGCCUCCCCGCUUCCCCGCGGCCGGUUCACCCCCGUCCAUCCCAAUCUCCCGCAAUGGUCGCCUCCGCUGUCCUCCAGAGUCCGCUCGGGCGCCCGUUUCCCAGAUCCGCCUUCCCGCCCGUCUGCGCCGCGCCAGCUCGCGCACGCUUCAUGCUUUCACGGUGCGCGUGCAAAGAGAAAGGGGUCGCGGAGUAAGUACAGUGGUCGAGUGGCCAAGACUCCUGCGCUCAUUGAGGCUCGCCUCUGUCUCUCUCUCUCUCUCUAUCUGGUAUGACAUUUUGCAACAACGCGGGAAUACCAACAUCCCUCCCUCUCUUGUCGGCUCCCAGCGGGGCCAUGUAGGCCUCCCUUUUUUUGUGCGCCGUGUGUGUCGUCUCUACUUUUUCGCGCACGAGCUGCAGAUGUGUAGGCCCCCGCGCGAUCAUAGCCGCGCAGGUGCGCCGCUCACACUUUCAUAACUAUGGGGCCCCCGCAACCAGCUUCUUCACUGCGGGACGCGCCCCCGCUGAAAGGCGAGCGCCCCACGGGACCGCAGUGUCAGACGGGAGCCCCGUCUUGCGCAGGAGCUGCCCGGCAUUGCUCGGGCUGCAAGGCAGGGACGCGAGGGUCCCGGGAAGUGCUCGGCGGCAGCGCCGGCUCGGGGAGAGGAGUGGCCCUUCGACCGUGCAGCAGUGGCACGGUGUCAGCUGGCAGGCCA